AGUAAGAGUCUCGAGCAAGCAACACGCACUUUCACCGGCCACCACCAGCUACCUCGUGCAGACAUAAGUGUUCAGUGAUUCAGUGAUAGCAACAGUUCCGGUAACAGAAAAAAGCAUGCAUCACAAGGUAUCCGGCUGGGCGCUGCUCGCCCUCAUCAGCUCGUCCUGCGUCCUGCACACGCUGGCCUACCCCCAGCAGCAUGCGCCCCUUAUAUCACAGGCGACCAGCCACGUCAGGACACAGCACCCACAGUACUACAGCAACUCGCUGGCGCUGCAGCAGGCGCAAGAGGCUCAGGAACGCAAGUUCGCGGAGAAGCCAAACGCGCUGAAGAAAGUCGCCAUCGAUGAUCUCGACGACAUCCAGACCAAUUCCAUAUCAGACAGUGGUUUCUCCUGGUCUAACAUGCUUGGUAAUUCAAAUGUGCUUGGUAUGAUCAUGCAGAUGCUCUUCAGCCCUGGCAACGCCGGCCCCAACAAGAGCGACAACCUCGACACAGACUCAGUGUCCCCCUCCCCCUGGGCAAACCUCCUGUCUAUGGGCCUCAAGAUCCUCACCGCGAUCCUCGGCGGAGGCGCCUCCAACGAUGGCAUCGACAAAGUAGACAACGGAUCUUCGCCCAUGCAGGGUAUUUUGGCUGCGGUUCUGUCGACGGUUCUCGGUGCGAAAGAUCCCGACCAGGUCGCCUCCAUGGCAAAACAGGCUGGAGAGUUCAUCAACAUCGUAGUGAACCUGUUGGACGCCCUCAAGACCUCGUUCUCCCACCGCUCCCUCGCCGCGCGGUCUAUCGGCCGCAAGGACUCCAUCAGUGACGCGUCCAUCGCCGGCAUCGCCAUGCUCAAGACCUACGUCCGGUCCUUCGGGACUGACAACGACAAGUGCCUGCAGAAAUACGUCUGUGACGCCAACAAUGAAUGCUCGACCGACAUCGGACCUAAGAGCGUCUUCUGCCAACUUGGAACGUACGCUGCCAGUUUCGUCCUGGAGAGGCAAUCAGGUGGAAGCUUCGAGGAGUUCUACGAAGCCGGGCGCAGGGGCCGGUCCGGCGUCGACUGUCGCCAAAUAUACCUCCAGUGCAACGAAGUUUAAAUAUCCAGUUCACCUACAUAGCAGUUAAGAGAAUUGGAGACGAAGAGAGAGUAUAAAACUUACACCAAAUUCUUGAGGAACAAUUUAUUUUGAUCGAACUGUAAAAUCGAUACGAGCGCUACUUCAGUUAAAAUUUUGUAAUUCCAAAUUUCCGGGUGAAUAUUGUGUGCCAAAAUAAUGGCUUAUUUAAUAAUCCACCGCACGUUCUUGGCGCAUCGAGCGUAGUGAUCUAUUUAAUAAAUUAUUUAUUUAUUUAACUUAUUCUAGAAGUUUUAAGUAGGUGUUGUAAAGUAUUCAAACAUAUACCCCAAUGGUAAAUGAUCCCGUCCAAGUUUAUGUCUACCUACCUUUUUUAUUGUAUUUUAUUAACAAAUUAAUUGUUGUUAAAAUAUUAUAAUUUAAUUAAAGAAUCAUCCGCCAAAUUUUCAAUUACGACUGAUGUAAAGAUUAAAUUCUGCGUGAUGUAAAUAAUAAAGAUUUACAUUACCUAUUAGUGUAGUAGAGUAUGUAUUUGUGUGUGUGAUUGAGGACGUCCUUGUGUGAUUGAGAUGUAAAAUAAAUUAUUUAAAUAAUAGUA